AAACAAAAAUAAUAAAAAUUUGAAACGAGGGAAGGUUGAAGGUGGUGAAGGGAUCACCAUCAUCAUCACCACCAUCGCCCUCUCCCUUGUUUCCACCAUCGUUAUACGAAGAUCGAAUCAAUAAAGAGAAGGAAAUGAGGGUAUGGGAAAGAGCGAGUGGUGCAAUCAAAGACAAAAACAGCAUAUGGGUUGCAAAGUUAUCACGAAAAGGUGCAUUUCGCAACCCUGAUUUGGAAACGGUGAUAAUUAAGGCAACAAGCCAUGAUGAACACCGCAUCGAUUGCAAGAACGUGCAAAGAGUGUUCCAAUGGAUACGUACAUCACCCAUAUACCUGAAACCUCUUGCAUGGGCUCUCUCCAGGCGCAUGCAAAAGACUCGAAGCUGGGUUGUGGCCCUUAAAGGCUUGAUGCUCAUCCAUGGCGUUUAUUGCUCUGACCUUCCCGGGGUUCAAUACAUGGAUAGGUUACCCUUUGACCUAUCCAACUUCUCUGAUGGCCAUUUGAGCCCUUCAAAGGCUUGGGGCUUCAGCUCCUUCAUUCGUGCUUAUUUUGCGUAUUUAGACCAAAGAUUAUCGUUUGUGUCCUCCGAGUUUAAGAAGAAGAAUAAUAACAAGGACGUGGAGGUUGAGGAGAUGUUGAUGGAAGAGCUUCAGAAGUUGCAAAAGUUACAGGGAAUGAUUGGCAUGCUUAUGGAGAUCAGGCCCAAGCAUGUUGACAUGAAUAAUGUUCUUAUUCUUGAAGCAAUGGAUUGUGUUAUAGUUGAGGUUUUUGAUGUGUAUAGUAAGUUUUGCAACAAGAUUGCAAAGGUGCUGUUGAGGAUAUAUGAGAUGGGCGGGAAGGUGGAAGCAAGUAUUGGCCUUAAGGUUCUUCAGAAAGCAUCGAUUCAAAGGGAAGAGCUCUGUUUGUUCUUUGACUUUUGUAGGGAUAUUGGUGUUCUCAAUGCUUCUCAGUACCCCAAGAUUGAGAGAAUUUCUGAAGAAGUUAUUAGAGAUCUUGAGAGGAUAAUCAGUGGUACCUCUGCCAAGAAAAGCUUGGAGGGUAAUGAGGGUAGUUGUGGUGUUGUAAAUGACAAGGACAAGGCCAUUGUGAUGAAAGAUUGUUCUGCCACUGCAACCGUUUCGCAUAAGAAGGAUUCAGAGAAUGGCCUGACGACAGUGAUCACUCACCAAUGGGAAGUGUUUGAUGAUGAUAUAAUGAUGGUUGAUGCUAAAAGAACAUAUUAUGUGUCCAAUGGUUCAAGGAUUAUUGGCAGCACAACCAACCCUUUUGAGGAAUCAUAUAGCAUUGUACCUUAUCAUCCUGUUCAAAAUCAAGCUCUUCCUGAUCUAAUUAGUUUGUAGCUACAAUCAUAGAACUGAGGUUUAUGUAUGGUUCCCUUUUUACUUCACUAGAUUCAUUAUGCUAUAUGUAUAUUCAUAAUUCUGGGGGAAGGGAAUAUGAAAAAAAUGGAAUCGAAAAGGGUAAUUGUUGUUCUUACGUAUUCUUUUUUCCACAUUAGCAAAAGAAUUUGCGAUUUCCCCUUCUUAAGUAUUAGGAAAAUUUUAUAACACACAAAGUUCUGUACUUAUUGAAAAUACAAUAAUUAGAUAUUGAAGUUAAAGUACUUUUGUUGCCAUCUAGUUUUUAUUUUUCCUUCUUUGGAUGUUAAUUAGCUUGUUUUGAAAUAAAGCAUUUUAAAGAUUGGAUUCAUGUAGAUCAUGAACCUAACCCCAAUUUAAUUUUGUAGGAUUUUCAGCAAAAUGUAUACAUAUUCUUGUGUGGCUCUAUAAUGAGGACAGGGAGCACUAUACUAUAUAGAUUCAAUGUGAUAGAUCAUUUUAAGAGAUGGUAUUACCAUGAAUGGAUGGUAUCCUUACAGAUUCUGUUAUAUGCCUACGUGUUUGAUUUGAAGCAGGUGAGUUUUCUUAGUAGUCUAUUUUAAAUGUUUGUGAUAAACUCUUGGCAGCUAUCUUGUCUAAUCUCGAACUGUUAGUGUUAUAAGCCCUUAUAUUGGGAUAAUUGGCAUGAUUCCUCUGUAUGAGCACUUGAUUAAUUGGCCUAUUGCUCAGGAAUUGUUUUCUUAUUCAUGUUUGAAUGCGCCGUCGCUCUCCUCUCAACUAAGGUCUCUUAAUUCUGGUUAAUUAACUUCACAUUUCAUUCCUAAUGUCAACAAACCAAUAACAAUCAACCCUUUCACUAAUUUCAUGUAAUAAAGUUUCACGUUGGUCACGUUGGUGGGUUAGCAACAAAUCUUCAAAGAGUAUAUAACUAAGAAAGUCAUGAUAUAGACAAAGAGGUAGCAUCUCCAAUCCUGAAUCCAACCCAUACUCAAAAUUCUAAUAUUUCAUGCCUUGUAUCUGGACUUCCCCUAAUAUUGUUUAAUCGUAUAAGUCCCCCAUUUUAAGCUAGUAUUUGUGUAUGUUACAUGCAUGUAAAUCAUAUGGACCUAAUAGUCAUAAAGAUAAAUCAAUGCAUUUAGCUUGUUUUCUUGUAUUGAAUACCCAGUAAAGAGAGUUUCAAACUGUUUUUUCAGAUGGCUUAUUUUAACCGCUCUUUUUUUUUGCAUGUCUGUGUCUCAUUCUGUGUACGCUCUAAAUGCGUUUGAUCUCUGACUAUUACAUAUAUAUAUAUAUGUUCCUUGCACUUUAGCAUUGAUUUUUCAUCCUCUAUGUGUCGCAUAGCACCUCUAAUUCAUCGCCGACAUGGACACACCCAUGUUCUUGAACUCCAAGGUUAGCUAGCAUGCUACAUUUUGUUUCCAUUUUUCCCAACACAUAUUAGCUAACAUCCAAUCUUUCCUUUUCAAGAUUAGAUAACACUUUGAUGUAUUCGUAUAUUGUUGUAUGCUCUGUUCUCACGUAUUAUAUUACGUUGACCUCGUCAUCAGUGAUAGCUAAUAGGGUUAAUGUCUUAAUGAUUGGAUUUGGGCUCUGCUCGAGAGAAAAUUACAUAUCGCAAAUGAUUAAACUAUGAAAAGGCUACAUGUUCGAGAGAUAUGUUGCAGAACCUUUAACAUUAUUGUUAUAAUCAAAUAAGAACUACACUUUUAAAACGUAUUGUUUUAUAAUUUAAAAUUUCAGUUUCAUCAUUAAUUAAGGAUUUCAAUUUUAAUUGAAUAAUUAAUAAUACAAAAUAAUAUACGUGCCAUAUUCAUCAAGUGGUAUAUUUUUGUCUUUUCAUUAUUUUCUUAAUAAAACCGUAUUUUAAGAGCAUUAUGGUCCUUAAUUAAUUGUUGAGAAGCAUUGUUGAUUUUAAAGGAGAAAGUGAGGGAAACAAAUUCUAUAAUUGAUGGAACGAGUGAAAGUGAUUACUGCUUACCAAAUAUAAUUACUUACCUUUGACCAAUAUGUCUAACAUUAAUAUCAAUAAAAUUUUAUUUCGUAAGCUAAUUUAUUAUUGAAAUAUUAUUAACAUCUUAUUUUUCUGAUUGGUUGUGCUUUUAUUUUAUAUAUUUUUUCAAAAAAUGGAAAAUGAAAUUUUCAAAAAAGAUGAGAAGAUUAUUCCAUUCCAAUACGAUAUAUAGCCCAAAUUGUUAUUUUAUUUUAUAAUUUUAUAUUGAAAAAAGUAUAUAACUCUCAGUCUUAUAUACAAGACUCCUUUAACUACUUUAUAAAAUUUAAGAAAUUUAGUUAAUUAUAUUAAAUUUGUCGGUAAAUAAUGUAUUUUUUUUAAUUAUCUUUAAUUUUUCUACGCAAUUAAUUAAUGUGAAUGAAACUGACAAUUAUGACCAUUCAUUUUUUCUUAUCCUCUUGAGUGAAAAAAAUCAAAGAAAUUAAUUUACUGCAUUUAAAUUAAAAAUUAUAAAGAAGAAAAAAUCAUAUAAUAAACAAUUUGGAGAAAGUCUAAUAAAAAUCAAGGCAGUCCUUGCAAAAAGUUUUUACAAAAAAUAUCAAAGCUACGAACUCUUUUGUAAAUCAGUUCCACAAAUUCUAAAGUAUUUUAAGACCCUACAAUUGAGACGUUAAUGAAAAAAAUGACGUGUUCAUAUUCAAAGCUUUCGUAUUUAAAUAAUAUUAAUCAUUUAUUUAGUUUUUCUUUUAAAAAAAUUUAAUAUUUAUUCAUUGGUUAUUGUUCUCUAAAUUUAAAAAGUAAUAAAAAAUUAAUAGAGGUUAGUAUGAGUAGUAAGCAGCUCAGUAUCGCUUAAAUAAUGUCUCAAGUUCGUGUUUUUGUGUAUGAAAAAAUUUCUAACUGUAAACUCAUCUAUCAAUUUAGAUGUACAACUCGAAUUGGAUCUGAA